CCCCUGUUUACAUCCCAUUCUCCCCCAGCCAUGGUCACCAAUCCGGCACUUUGAAGACCUUCAUCCCACAUUUUCUCAUGACUUUGUUAGGUUUCACCUGUGGAUUACAUGGGGACGACGAAAAGGAAUAUAAUUUCCUGAGUGUGAUUUAACAUCAACUGGGUGAAAGUCCAAAUAAGAUUACACAAGCAAAAUCAAAGGACAAUCGGAUCUGAAAACAGAACUACACAAUGGCUCAGGCAACUACAGGUGCAGAAAUAAAUCCCAUUCCUCCCACCGCUGCUGAUGCUCCUGCAAGGCCAAUACCUCCAGAAUCUCUCACAGCCAGAAGCCAUGGAUUUUUAAGUGUCUUGAAUCGUCCUGCACAAUGGCUGGUCAUCAUCACACUUCUGGUCUCAUGGUCAUUAGCUGGUGUUGUCAUGUUUAACUUUGUGAGUGACGAUCAGGUUGCAAGCAUCCAGGAUUUAGCUUCAGAUCCAAAGUUAGCAGUGGACAAGGCCAUUGAAGGCAUUCACAAUGGGAUAAACCAUGUGAACAAUAUCUUUACUAAUACUCACGAGACCAUCACUGAAGUGAUCUUUAAUCCGAUGGACACUGUUAAUUUAGCAGUGGCUUCUUUGUCAGGAUUAUUUAUUGCUGGUGAGGAUGCAGGGAUCACUGAAACAGUGAAACUUGGUGGUGUAGUAUUAGAUGACAUCACAGAAUGGAUUAGAUCCUCAGUGGGCAACUUAUUCCACCUCUUUGAAGAUAUCCUGGAUAUUGUGAUCAUUAAUCCAGUGGAAAUGGCCAGUGAAGCAGUUGUGCAAAUUUUAAGAUGGCUCAAGACCAUUUUAAUACAUCUUUCAACCAUGCUCGGAGGAGUUAAAGCUUGGAUCCCCAAUAUGAGCACUAAUCCAAUGGAAUUGGCCGGCAAUAUUGUUGAGGAGGCUACAGACCUGAAGAUCUCUGUCUCUAACUACCUAUCCAACCUGUUUAAAGGCAAAGAAGGUGGUAUUCCUAACAUUGGAUUUGAUACCAUGAAACUCCUCACAGAUACUGUUGAGGAAUUUACUGACAGGAGGGACAUGUUCUUGGCCUUUUUCUCAAAUAUGCUCAUGAAGAACAAAGAUUACACACCACAAGUGAUAAGAAGAAAAGGAGAAUUCCUGCCCCCUAUGGAAAAAGUUCUUGAACACAUAAAAGAGGCCAAAGAGAAAAAAUCUAGAGAGGAGGUUUUCAGAAUCAUUCAAGACAUGAGAGGUAAGAAGACCGAAAGAGAAAAGGAUGAAAUAACACUACACAAAAUAAAUAUUACAGUAGAAAAAGCAAGGAAAAAAGAAAAAACUGAACCCGACAAAAUUAUGAUAGAAAAAGUUCAAAGAAAAGAGAAACCCAAAGAGGAUAAGUCUCCAGAACCAACAGAAAAGCACAUGAGAGAAAAGUCUAAUAAAAAGAUCAAGGUGACUAAAGUGGAUGAAGAACUCCCUCUAAAAAAGAAGAAACUUGACGUGAAAUCUGAAGCUGAGGGAAAGGUUACACCUGCAAAGAAAGAUAUUGAGAUUGACAAGAAGAAAGCAAAAGCUGUUCUGUUAAAGAGAGAAGCUGAAGUGGGUAAAGAAGAGACUAAACCAGCACCAUCUAAUAAAGAGGUUAAGGUUGCUAAAGAAAAAGCUAAAGAAGGCCCUGUGUUGAAAGAGAGUGAAGUUGUCAAGGAAAAACACAAACCCCUUCCUGCUAAGAAAGAAGCUGAAGAGAUCAAGAAGGAAAAGGCUAAACCAACUCCACCAGAAAAAGUUGCUGAGACUGUAAAAGAAAAGGCUGAACCUGCAGUUGUGAAAAAGAAAGAACAUGACGUUACUAAAGAGAAGUCCAAGCCUGCACCUUCCAAAAGAGAAGGUGAAGUUGCCAAAGAAAAACCUAAAACUGUGAAGAAAGAAGCUAAAGGUACUCCGGAGAAGGUUAAACCAGCUCACUUAAAGAAAGAUGAUGAAAAGAUUAAAGAGAAAACAAAGCCAUCACCAGAAAAGAAAGAGGAUGAAGCCCCUAAGGAGAAAGCUAAACCAGCCCCUGUGAAAAAAGAGCUUGAAGAGAAACCAAAAACAGCUCCUGUGAAAAAAGAGCCUGAAGUUGCAAAAGAAAACGUUAAACCAGUACCUUCAAUGAAAGAUACUGGAGAUACUAAGGAGAAAGUGAAACCAGCCUCAGCUAAGAAAGAGCCUGAGGUUUCCAAAGAAAAGUCCAAGCCAGAACCCUUGAAGAAAGAGGCUGAAGCUGUUGAAGAGAAGGCAAAACCAGCUCUAGCCAAAAAAGAGGCCAAGGUUGCCAAAGAGCCAGCUAAACCUGUGGCCAUAGAAAAAGUGGAUGAAGUCGUCCAAAAGAAGGAAAAAACAGCUCCUGUAAAGAAAGAGCCUGAAACUAUCAAAGAGGAGAAACCUUCAAAGAAAGAAGCAGAAGCUGUUCAAGAAAAGCCCAAGCCUGCUUCUAUAAAGAAAGAGCCUGAAAUGACAAAAGAGAAGGAAAUACCUUUACCUUCAAAAAAAGAGGCAGAAGUUAAGGAGAAAGUUCAGCCUGUUGCUGUGAAAAAAGAACCUACGGUUGCAGUAGAAAAGACAAAAACAAAACAUUCUCCAAAGAAAGAGCCUGAAGUUACCAAAGAGAAAGAGAAACAAACACCUCCAAAGAAAGAGCCUGAGAUAGCCAAAGAAAAAACCAAGCCACCAAAGAAAGAAACUGAAGUCAUGAAAGAGAAAUCUAAACCAGCCCCUGAGAAGAAAGAGGCUGACAUCAUUAAGGAGAAGGCAAAACCAGCUCCUGUAAAGAAAGAGGCUGAUGUUGUUAAGGAAAAAGCCAAAGCUCCUGAGAAGAAAGAAGCUGAAGUCAUCAAGGAGAAAGCCAAACCAGCUCCUGUAAUGACAGAACGUGAAGUUACUAAAGAAAAGGUUGAAUCAGCCCCUCUGAAAGUUGAGGUUCCAAAGGAAAAGACAAAACCAGUCCCUAAAAAGGAAGAACCUGAGAUAACCAAAGAGAAACCAAAGCCAAAGAAAGAGGCAGAACCCAUCAAAGAGAAAGCCAAACCAGCCCCUAAGGAGAAAGGGGCUGAAGCCAUCAAGGAGGAAGUUAAACCAGCCCCUGAGAAAAAAGCUGAAGUCAUCAAGGAGAAACCUAAACCAGCUCUUGUAAAGAAAGAGCCUGAAGUUGCUAAAGAAAAGGCACCUGAACCAACACCAGAAGGAGAGCCUGAAGUUGAAAAGGCUAAAGCUAAACCAGCCCCUAAGAUGAAAGAGGCUGAAGUCAUCAAGGAGAAAGUUAAAACAGCUCCUGCAAAGAAAGAGCCUGAGGUUGCUAAAGAAAAGGCACCUGAACCAACACCAGAACCUGCAAUGAAAGUUGUAGCUCCAAAGGCAAAACCAGUUCUUGACAAAGAAGCACUUGAGGUAACCAAAGAAAAGCCCAAGCCAGCACCAAAGAAAGAGGCAGAAGUCGUUAAGGAGAGGGCUAAGCCAGCCCCUAAGAUGAAAGAGGCUCAAGAGAAAGCUAAACUAGGCCCUGAGAAAAAAGAGGCUGAAGUCAUCAAGGAGAAAGUUAAAACAGCUACUUUACAAAAAGAGCCUGAAGUUGCAAAAGAAAAAGCACCUAAGCCAAUACCAGAACCCUCAAAGAAAGUUGAGGUUUCAAAGGAAAAGGCAAAACUAGUCCCUGAAAAGGAAGCACCUGGGAUAACAAAAGAAAAGCCAAAACCAGCACAAGGGAAAGAAGCAGAAGUCACCAAGGAAAAGGCUAAACCAGCCCCUGAGAAGAAAGAGACUGAAGUCAUCAAGGAGAAGGCUAAACCAGCUCCUGUAAAGAAAGAAGCUGAAGCAAUUAAGGAGAAAGUUAAACCAGCCCCUGAGAAGAAAGAGGCUGAAGUCAUCCAGGAGAAAGUUAAACCAGCUCCAGUAAAGAAAGAACCUGAAGUCAUCAAAGAGAAAACAAAACCAGCCCCUAAGAAGAAAGAGGCUGAAGUCAUCAAGGAGAAAGUUAAACCAGCUCCUGUAAAGAAAGAGUCCGAGGUUGGUAAAGACAAGGCACCUGAACCAACACCAGAACCUGCAAUGAAAGAACCUGUUAUAACUAAAGAAAAGCCGAAGCCAGCACCAAAGAAAGAGGCUGAAGCCAUUAAAGAGAAAGCUAAACCAGCCUCUAAGAAGAAAGAGGUUGAAGUCCUCAAGGAGGAAAUUAAACUAGUCCCUGUAAAGAAAGAGGCUGAAGUCAAGGAGAAAGCUAAACCAGCUCCUGUAAAGAAAGAGAAAGUUGCUAAAGAAAAAGCACCUGAGCCAACACCAGAACCUGCAAAGAAAGAAGCUGAAAUCGUCAAAGAGAAAUCAAAAACAGCCCCUAAGAAGAAAGAGGCUGAAGUCAUCCAGGAGAAAGCUAAACUAGCCCCUGAAAAGAAAGAGGCUGAAGUCAUCAAAGAGAAAGUGAAACCAGCACCUGAGAAGAAAGAUGCUGAAGUCAUCAAAGAGAAAGCUAAACCAACUCCUGUAAAGAAAGAGCCUGAAGUUGCUAAAGAAAAGGCACCUGAACCAACAACAAAAAGAGAGUCUGACAUUACCAAAGAGAAAGCUAAACCAGCCCCUAAGAAGAAAGAGGCUGAAAUCAUCGAGGAAGUUAAACUAACUCCUGUGAAGAAAGAGCCUGAUGUUCCUAAAGAAAAGGCACCUGAACCAACACAAAAACCUGCAAAGAAAGUUGAGGUUCCAAAGGAAAAGGCUAAACCAGUUCCUGAAGAGAAAGAACCUGUGAUAACUAAAGAAAAGCCGAAGCCAGCACCAAAGAAAGAGGCUGAAGCCAUUAAAGAGAAAGCUAAACCAGCCUCUAAGAAGAAAGAGGUUGAAGUCCUCAAGGAGGAAAUUAAACUAGCCCCUGUAAAGAAAGGGGCUGAAGUCAAGGAGAAAGCUAAACCAGCUCCUGUAAAGAAAGAGAAAGUUGCUAAAGAAAAAGCACCUGAGCCAACACCAGAACCUGCAAAGAAAGAAGCUGAAAUCGUCAAAGAGAAAUCAAAAACGGCCCCUAAAAAGAAAGAGGCUGAAGUCAUCCAGGAGAAAUCUAAACUAGCCCCUGAAAAGAAAGAGGCUGAAGUCAUCAAAGAGAAAGUGAAACCAGCACCUGAGAAGAAAGAUGCUGAAGUCAUCAAAGAGAAAGCUAAACCAACUCCUGUAAAGAAAGAGCCUGAAGUUGCUAAAGAAAAGGCACCUGAACCAACAACAAAAAGAGAGUCUGACAUUACCAAAGAGAAAGCUAAACCAGCCCCUAAGAAGAAAGAGGCUGAAGUCAUCCAGGAGAAAUCUAAACUAGCCCCUGAAAAGAAAGAGGCUGAAGUCAUCAAAGAAAAAGUGAAACCAGCACCUGAGAAGAAAGAUGCUGAAGUCAUCAAAGAGAAAGCUAAACCAACUCCUGUAAAGAAAGAGCCUGAAGUUCCUAAAGAAAAGGCACCUGAACCAACACAAAAACCUCCAAAGAAAGUUGAGGUUCCAAAGGAAAAGGUUAAACCAGUUCCUGAAGAGAAAGAACCUGUGAUAACUAAAGAAAAGCCGAAGCCAGCACCAAAGAAAGAGGCUGAAGCCAUUAAAGAGAAAGCUAAACCAGCCUCUGAGAAGAAAGAGGUUGAAGUCCUCAAGGAGGAAAUUAAACUAGUCCCUGUAAAGAAAGAGGCUGAAGUCAAGGAGAAAGUUAAACCAUCUCCUGUAAAGAAAGAGAAAGUUGCUAAAGAAAAAGCACCUGAGCCAACACCAGAACCUGCAAAGAAAGAAGCUGAAAUCGUCAAAGAGAAAUCAAAAACGGCCCCUAAGAAGAAAGAGGCUGAAGUCAUCCAGGAGAAAGCUAAACUAGCCCCUGAAAAGAAAGAGGCUGAAGUCAUCAAAGAGAAAGUGAAACCAGCACCUGAGAAGAAAGAUGCUGAAGUCAUCAAAGAGAAAGCUAAACCAACUCCUGUAAAGAAAGAGCCUGAAGUUCCUAAAGAAAAGGCACCUGAACCAACACAAAAACCUCCAAAGAAAGUUGAGGUUCCAAAGGAAAAGGUUAAACCAGUUCCUGAAGAGAAAGAACCUGUGAUAACUAAAGAAAAGCCGAAGCCAGCACCAAAGAAAGAGGCUGAAGCCAUUAAAGAGAAAGCUAAACCAGCCUCUGAGAAGAAAGAGGUUGAAGUCCUCAAGGAGGAAAUUAAACUAGUCCCUGUAAAGAAAGAGGCUGAAGUCAAGGAGAAAGCUAAACCAUCUCCUGUAAAGAAAGAGAAAGUUGCUAAAGAAAAAGCACCUGAGCCAACACCAGAACCUGCAAAGAAAGAAGCUGAAAUCGUCAAAGAGAAAUCAAAAACAGCCCCUAUAAAGAAAGAGGCUGAAGUCAUCCAGGAGAAAGCUAAACUAGCCCCUGAAAAGAAAGAGGCUGAAGUCAUCAAAGAGAAAGUGAAACCAGCACCUGAGAAGAAAGAUGCUGAAGUCAUCAAAGAGAAAGCUAAACCAACUCCUGUAAAGAAAGAGCCUGAAGUUCCUAAAGAAAAGGCACCUGAACCAACACAAAAACCUCCAAAGAAAGUUGAGGUUCCAAAGGAAAAGGCUAAACCAGUUCCUGAAGAGAAAGAACCUGUGAUAACUAAAGAAAAGCCGAAGCCAGCACCAAAGAACGAGGCUGAAGCCAUUAAAGAGAAAGCUAAACCAGCCUCUGAGAUGAAAGAGGUUGAAGUCCUCAAGGAGGAAAUUAAACUAGUCCCUGUAAAGAAAGAGGCUGAAGUCAAGGAGAAAGCUAAACCAUCUCCUGUAAAGAAAGAGAAAGUUGCUAAAGAAAAAGCACCUGAGCCAACACCAGAACCUGCAAAGAAAGAAGCUGAAAUCGUCAAAGAGAAAUCAAAAACAGCCCCUAAGAAGAAAGAGGCUGAAGUCAUCCAGGAGAAAUCUAAACUAGCCCCUGAAAAGAAAGAGGCUGAAGUCAUCAAAGAGAAAGUGAAACCAGCACCUGAGAAGAAAGAUGCUGAAGUCAUCAAAGAGAAAGCUAAACCAACUCCUGUAAAGAAAGAGCCUGAAGUUGCUAAAGAAAAGGCACCUGAACCAACAACAAAAAAAGAGUCUGACAUUACCAAAGAGAAAGCUAAACCAGCCCCUAAGAAGAAAGAGGCUGAAAUCAUCGAGGAAGUUAAACUAACUCCUGUGAAGAAAGAGCCUGAUGUUCCUAAAGAAAAGGCACCUGAACCAACACAAAAACCUGCAAAGAAAGUUGAGGUUCCAAAGGAAAAGGCUAAACCAGUUCCUGAAGAGAAAGAACCUGUGAUAACUAAAGAAAAGCCGAAGCCAGCACCAAAGAAAGAGGCUGAAGCCAUUAAAGAGAAAGCUAAACCAGCCUCUAAGAAGAAAGAGGUUGAAGUCCUCAAGGAGGAUAUUAAACUAGCCCCUGUAAAGAAAGAGGCUGAAGUCAAGGAGAAAGCUAAACCAUCUCCUGUAAAGAAAGAGAAAGUUGCUAAAGAAAAAGCUCCUGAGCCAACACCAGAACCUGCAAAGAAAGAAGCUGAAAUCGUCAAAGAGAAAUCAAAAACAGCCCCUAAAAAGAAAGAGGCUGAAGUCAUCCAGGAGAAAUCUAAACUAGCCACUGAAAAGAAAGAGGCUGAAGUCAUCAAAGAGAAAGUGAAACCAGCACCUGAGAAGAAAGAUGCUGAAGUCAUCAAAGAGAAAGCUAAACCAACUCCUGUAAAGAAAGAGCCUGAAGUUGCUAAAGAAAAGGCACCUGAACCAACAACAAAAAGAGAGUCUGACAUUACCAAAGAGAAAGCUAAACCAGCCCCUAAGAAGAAAGAGGCUGAAAUCAUCGAGGAAGUUAAACUAACUCCUGUGAAGAAAGAGCCUGAUGUUCCUAAAGAAAAGGCACCUGAACCAACACAAAAACCUGCAAAGAAAGUUGAGGUUCCAAAGGAAAAGGUUAAACCAGUUCCUGAAGAGAAAGAACCUGUGAUAACUAAAGAAAAGCCGAAGCCAGCACCAAAGAAAGAGGCUGAAGCCAUUAAAGAGAAAGCUAAACCAGCCUCUAAGAAGAAAGAGGUUGAAGUCCUCAAGGAGGAAAUUAAACUAGUCCCUGUAAAGAAAGAGGCUGAAGUCAAGGAGAAACCUAAACCAGCUCCUGUAAAGAAAGAGAAAGUUGCUAAAGAAAAAGCACCUGAGCCAACACCAGAACCUGCAAAGAAAGAGUCUGAAGUUGUCAAAGAGAGAGCUAAACCAGCCACUAAGAUGAAAGAGGCUGAAGUCACCAAGGAGAAAAUGAAACAAGCUCCUGUAAAGAAAGAGCCUGAAGUUACAAAAGAAAAAGCAACUGAACCUGCAAAGAAAGUUAAGGCUCCAAAGGAAAUGGCAAAACCAGUUCCUGAAGAAGAGGAACGUGAAAUAACCAAGGAAAAGCCAAAGCCAGCAGCAAAGAAAGAAGCUAAAGUCAUUAAAGAAAAACCUAAACAAGCCCCCCUAAAGGAAGAGGCUGAAGUCAUCAAAGAGAAAGCUGAACCAGCCCCUAAGAAGAAAGAGGCUGAAGUCUUAAAGGAGAGAGUUAAACCAGCUCCUGUAAAGAAAGAGCCUGAAGUUGUUGAAGAAAAGGCACCUGAGCCAACUCUAAAAAGAGAUGAUGUUGCACCCAUCGGUCUGGAUGUGGAGCUCCUGAACUCCAUUAACCAAAAACUGUCUCUUCUGGAUCUCCUGAGGAAGGACAUUGGUGAUAUGAGAAGUGACCUGGAGUCCACACAAAAUCAAAUUACUCUUUUAAGAAUGGACAACCGAACAAUCAAAGAGCCUGACACUGUCAGCAUGAAAGUCAAGCCAACUGUCUCCAAGGAAAAAGCAAAAACAACCAAAAAAGAACGUGAUGCUCUGAAGAACAUUUCCAAGACAGCAUCUAUUAAGACAGAACGUGACGCCCUGAAAAACAUCACUAAACAAGCAACUGCAAAGAAAGAAAAAGAGGCUCUGAAAUCCAAGAUCAGACCAGAGCACAAAAAGAAAGAACCUGAGGAAGUCAUAGAAAAAGCCAAGCAAACUGAGAAAGAAGGUGUCAAGGCCAAGGAAGAAAAAGUAGAAGUACCUGAUAUCACCAAAGAUAUUCCAGAAAUAGAGGAGGAAGACAUUCCGUACUUCCAGUGUUUCUUCGUGGAUGAGGAUGAUACUCAGUAUCCGUUCUUCCCCUUUUCACCACCGGUAUUGUGAGCCAAGCCAAGCCAAACCCUGGAGUCUGAAGUUUGACAGCAUGUCAAGCCAAUGGAAUAAAGACCUCUGAAGGAUGAGGCACCGUCGCUUUGAUGCAAGAGGUAUAUUGGUGCAUAAUUGGUCCUAAAAAAUCACACCAAGGAGGGCCCAGACAUGAUGAUUUAAGUUAUUUCCUGGAUGAGCUUUCAAAACAAAACUGGAAAACGUCCUUCUUAAAAAUGUUGUUGGUCUUUAUUGUUAUUUUGUGGUUCAGAGCGUUUAAAUGGACAGCGGUUGCACUAAGGUUUGCUAGAAUGUUUCAUAUUGUCUUAAGGCUAUCUGUCUUUUAAUUGAUAUUGUAGAUUUGCCUUUUAUUUCAGGUUUCUGAAUAAUAUAUUUUUAUGUAUGCUUCAUGUGUGUGUAUAUAUAUAUAUAUAUAUAUAUAUAUAUACACUCUGGUGGCCAAAAGUUUGGAAUAAUGUAAAGAUUUUGCUCUUAUGGAAACAAAUUGGUUCUUUAAUUCACCAAAGUGGCAUUCAACUGAUGUAUAGUCAGGACAUAAAUAAUGUGAAAAUGUUACUAUUCCACUUUGGAAUUUUUUUUCAUAACUUUUUAAACUACUUAAAAGUGUCUCAUCAAAAAAUCCUCCAUGUGCAGCAAUGACAGCUUUGAAGAUCCUGUCAGUUUGUCCAGAUACUCAGGUGACAUUUUACCCCACACUUCUUGUAGCACUUGCCAUAGACAUGACUGUCUUGUCGGGCACUUCUCACACACCUUACAGUCUAUCUGAUCCCACAAAAACUCAAUGGGGUUAAGAUCCAUAACACUCUUUUACAAUUAUCUGUUGUCCAAUGUCUGUGUUUCUUUGCCCACUCUCAACAUUUUCUUUUUGUAUUUCUGUUUCAAAAGUGACUUUUUCUUUGCAAUUGUUCCCAUAAGGCCUCCUGAGUCUUCACUUUACUGUUGUACAUGAAACUGGUGUUGAGCGGGUAGAAUUCAAUGAAGCUGUCAGCUGAGGACAUGUGAGGCAUCUAUUUAUCAAACUAGAGACUUUCAUAUACUUAUUCUCUUGUUUAGUUGUACAUCUGGCCUUCCACAUCUCUUUCUGUCCUUGUUAGAGCCAGCUGUCCUUUGUCUUUGAAGAAUGUAGUGUACACCUUUGUAUGAAAUAUUCAGUUUUUUGGCAAUUUCAAGCAUUGUAUAGCCUUCAUUCCUCAAAACAACGAUUAUCUUAUGAAUUUCUAGAGAAAGAUGAUUAUGUUUUGCCUUUUUUGACCUAAUAUUGACCUUAAGACAUGCCAGUCUACUGCAUACUGUGGUAACUCAAAAACAGACACAAAGACAAUGUUAAACUUCAUUUAACAAUCCAAAUAGCUUUCAACUGUGUUUGAUAUAAUGGAAAAAGAUUAUCUAGUACCAAAUUAGAAAUGUAUUAUUACUCAAGGAUAAGGUGUUUGGCGGGGGUCUGGGUAGCUCAACAAUUAUUGACACUGACUACCACCCCUGGAGUCGCUAGUUCGACAGGGUGUGCUGAGUGACUCCAGCCAGGUCUCCUAAGCAACCAAAUUGGCCCAUUUGCUAGGGAGGAUAGAAUCACAUGGGGUAACGUCCUCGUGGCCACUAUAACGUGGUUCUCGCUUUCGGUGGGGCGUGUGGUGUGUUGAGCGUGGAUGCUGCGGAGAACAGCGUGAAGCCUCUACACGCGCUACAUCUCGGCGGUAAUGUACUCAACAAGCCACAUGAUCAGAUGCGGAUUGAGGUGAGUCACUAUGCCACCACGAGGACUUAGAGGACAUUGAGAAUUGGGCAUUCCAAAUUGGGGAGAAAAAUGGAGGGAAAAAAAACGAAUAGGUGUUGGAGUGAUUGCUGCAGGAAAUGGGGCUUGUCUAGAUUUGAUCAAAAAUAAAUUUUUCAAAUAGUAAUGGUGCUGUUUUUACAUCAGUAAUGUCCUGACUAUAUUUUGUGAUCAGAUGAAUGCCACUUUGGUGAAUCAAAAUACGAAUUUUCUUCCAAAAUAGCAAAAACUGUACAUUAUUCCAAACUUUUGGCUGCCAGUGUAUAUACGUCAAAGAAGGAACAUGAGUACAGUUUUUUCCCAGACAGCACUGACAUAGAGUAACAAACAAUUUCUGAUCAUUGCAGUGGGAUUAAAGAUAAGAUACUAAGAUUAUACAAUCAUAUGCUAUCCAUUAAAUAUUUUUACAUUACCUCAUUUUGAUGGGGUGCCAAUUCAGAGCAUUCCUUUCUUUUCUGUCAGAAUUGGGUUUGAAUGUUUGUUUUGACUUACACAAAUGGAAUGGAACUUACUGAGGAUAUAAUUGAUCAAGUAAUAUAUAUAAAUUAGUAUUUUAUUUAUCUUUUGGUAUGGUAGUACCGUUUACAGAACAGUUUACAGAACUGCUUUAAGGGCUUAGAUAGGCAAGCCCAGUUCCUCAGUUUUUUUUUUUAUUUAUUUGCAUUUUACAAAUGUAAAUGGUUUGGUAAGAUGCCAAACAAUGUUAUUAUAAAUCUAUACUUCACAGAGGAAACACAAGUAUGUUUUGUUCAGUGCUCUCCAUAAAAGGAGAUGCUGGAUUUUGCGUAGAAAAAUAGAACUUCUUGGUGUUAAAUCCACAGAAAUGCAUUAAAACACAAUGCUGUUAAGAACUGCAUUUCUGUGCUAUUUAGAUUUUUAGAAUUGAGUGCCAUUGAAAGACACCAGUUAAGGAGGAAACAAAGCUGUUCAAAACACAGACUGUUUUCAUCCAAGCUAAUGUAUUUUUAUCUUGCAAAUAGAGUAGUUUUAACUUGUAGCACAAGAUUUAUCAUAUUUACCUUUCGCUGCAUAAUUUUAAAGAUUUAUGUAACAUUAUACCUAUAGAAAUGUGGAAGUGUUUUUGUGCCUGGCUAUCAUGGGUGAAAAUUACAGUACCUGAUGAAGAUGUGCCAGUUAAAUAGCACAUAGACAUUUAUAAGAAUAUUAUGUUAUAAAAUUGUCUAUAAUGCCCAUUUUACUCAUACAGAAGACUUUUCCAUUAUGAGACAAAAUGAUAUGCCAGAUUAAAUGUAUUAUUGUGUGUAAUUUUCUGGGACAUUACCCUUUACCACAGUGUUUCUCAAUCAUGCCCCUAGGGGCUCCCCAGCACUGGACGUUUUGGAUGUCUUCCCCUAGCUAUCACAAUGCAUUUGACUCUUAGCUGAUAAGCUCAUUAGUAAAGUGCCCCAUUACCUGAAUUUGGUGUGUUAGAGGUUGAAUAGGGAAACACGUGUGCAUUGCUGGGGGCCCCAGGAGCCAUUUUUAUGUAUUUUCUACAGAAGGAGUUCAGCAUGUUGCUCCAUAGAGGAUAAACUCAUGCCUGUACAAAGACCAUAUUAUGUAGCCAUCAUAUAUACAGUAAUGCCACCUGGUCAUAUACAUGCUAUACCAAUACUGAUUUUAGUUUUUUAGUUUUUUGACAUUUUAAAAAUAGUUCACCUUGAUGUACUGUAUGCUUAUUGUGGUGUUUUUAUUCAGCCUGUGCAUGCUUCACAUUCUGAUGUAAAUCUAGUCAAUACAAAAAUGAAUAACUCCAGAAAUAGAUUAUAUUUAAUAGUAAAAUAGGAUUUUGUGAUUGUAAUUAUUUGUUAGAUUUGCAUAGCAUUAAGUUAUAGGUAAACCUACAGUAAAUGUCCUGCUCAUAAUUUUGGCACGGUUCAAAGUUAAUAUUCGAAGGAUAUGUACCCAAAAAGUGUGGAUUUUGUGUUUUAACAGUGUAUGUAAACCAGACUGGGAUAACAAAACUAUCUACGGUCCAUACUUAAUUGUAAUAAGAUAUUUAUUUGAAAACAAAAUUGUAAAAUAAUAUUGUUUAUCUUCAAGUGUUGUCGCAUGGUUUUACUGUCAGAUCCUUGAAAUGUUAUUUCUAUUCUACAAUGUUUAAUUUGACUUUCUGUAUAAAAUAUAUAGUCAUAAACUGAAAUAAUUUACAAAGCUGUAAGAAAAACAACAACAUUGUGGUAAAAUAAGAGCCCUUAUGAGACUGUAAUGCCAAUUGAACUAUAAUGCAUGCUCACAUUUUGCUGACGUCUGAUUGAAAAGUUAAAAUAAAUAAAUGUUUGCAAAAA